GCGGCUGCGCUCGCACAGGCGGAGUACCACAACAGGAGCACACUCACUGCGGCUCGUCAACUAAAAACAGAAAGGAAAAAAAAAAAAAGCGGGCGCACACUACGGCAGGAUGUGGGCGACGAGGAGCGGCUUCUCCUGGAGACUUUUGCUUUUCUCCUGUGUGUUUCUGGAGAGUUUAUCCCAGGACUUUGUCGGACAGACGCAGUUCAUAUGCACGUCCGUGCCCAAGGAUGUGGACAUAUGCGCGGCCACGCUACAGAACAGCGUACCUGGGGAGGACUUGAAGACCACCGUAAUGCAGCUGCGGGAGACCGUGCUGCAGCAGAAGGAGACGAUCAUCAACCAGAAGGAGACCAUACGGGAGCUGACCUCAAAGUUGGCCCGGUGCGAGAGUCAGAGCGGCGGCGUGGAGCCCGGGGACGCGCGGCCCGGGGGCAGGAGGAAAGAAGCGGGGACCAAAAACACCAUGGGGGACGUGUCCAGAGGCCCCGCAGAGACUUUGACGCAGCUCUCUCAGACUUUACAGUCGCUGAAGCAGAGAUUAGAGAAUCUGGAGCAAUUCAGCAGGAGCAACAACUCGGUGCAGACCAACAGCCUGAAGGACCUGCUUCAAAGUAAAAUCGACGACUUGGAGAAGCAGGUGUUGUCCCGGGUGAACAGCAUCGAGGAAGGGAAGCCCGGUCUCAGGAACGAGACCGAGCAGCGUGGGAGAGUGGAGUCCACGCUCACCUCCCUACACCAAAGGAUCACGGAUUUAGAAAAAGGUCAAAGAGAAAACAGGCCCCUGGAUAAGUUCCAGCUCACAUUCCCUCUGAGGACCAACUACAUGUAUGCAAAAGUGAAGAAGAGCUUGCCUGAGAUGUACGCCCUCACCGUGUGCAUGUGGCUGAAGUCCAAUGCGUCGCCUGGAGUGGGGACACCUUUCUCCUACGCGGUCCCGGGUCAGGCCAAUGAGCUGGUCCUCAUAGAAUGGGGGAACAACCCAAUGGAGAUACUGAUAAACGACAAGGUUGCAAAGCUGCCCUUUCUCAUCAAUGACGGAAAGUGGCACCAUAUCUGCGUAACCUGGACGACUCGGGACGGGGUCUGGGAAGCUUACCAGGAUGGCGUCAAAAGAGGAGGCGGAGAGAAUCUGGCGCCGUAUCAUCCAAUCAAACCCCAGGGAUUGCUAAUCCUUGGCCAAGAGCAGGACACUUAUGGCGGGGGGUUCGACGCCACACAGGCUUUCGUCGGAGACCUGGCGAAUUUCCACAUCUGGGAUCGGAAGCUCUCCGAAGGGGAGAUUUACAAUCUGGCAACCUGCAGCAGCAAAGCUCAAGUGGGCAACGUGUUUGCGUGGAUGGAGACGAGCCUGGACAUUUAUGGCGGAGCCUCCAAGUGGACAUUCGAAGCUUGCCGCCAUCUCAACUGAACCGCGAAUGAAGAAUAAAACAUUUGCGAACAUCACUUUUGCCACGGCGGUUAGUCAGCCAGCCUGAAGGGUCAGGAGGAGACUUUUUCAGUGAAGACGAACUGGAAUUUUUUGUCAUAGGCGUUUUGAAAACUUUAUUUGUGAGAGCCUCUUGUGCGAUUUUCUGGUGUGGGAGGAGGUCACUGAAGAGGUCAACUUUUGGCAUCCGGCGUUGCUCGUCAGCACAUGUGGUUUCAUUUGGGGGAAAAAAGUAAGCAGUGGCACUUCUGAAAGGAAGAAGUCGCAGCGUGAAGGUGAACAAAUAGCGGGCCGAGUUCAAGCGUGCAGCAGGAAAAGGUCGCAUAGGUUUUUUUUUUGGUUUUUUUUUUAAGAAAACUGAUGUCACACAAUUCAAAGAAAA